CAUACUAUGUUCCCCAUUUAAUAGUUCUGGUACUGUCGUGAGUAAUGAGCUCUACAGCGUACUGUCAAGAAAGCGACUGACCAUCUGAAUAUCCAACGCCCCUUUAAAGUGAAGGGUAACGUUACGGGUUCCGGGAAUCAUCUGUUGGAGUUGUAAAAUAAAUCUGAAGAGGCAUGACACUGAUGACGAGUAUGUGAGCGCAUCGACUCCUCUAGGUGAAUGUUAAUCUCAAUUUGACCGCCAAGAUGCCAGCUGUUUCAACAGGGGCGAAAGAGCUCUACCUGUCAACGUCUCUGGGUGAACUGAACAAGAAAGCAGAAUUCAAGCCGGAGAAAGCCAGUACAAGACACUAUGUUCAGAGUGCCUGUAAGAUGUUCAAAGCGGCGGAGGAGUGUCGCCUGGACAGAGAUGAAGAAAAGGCCUAUGUUCUGUACAUGAGAUACCUGACAGUCUAUGAUGUCAUUAAGAAGAGACCCGACUUCAAGCAGCAGCAGGAUUAUUACUUGUCAAUGCUUGGGCCAUCCAGCUUCAAAAAAGCCAUCGAGGAAGCAGAGAAGUUAUCAGAGAGUCUAAAACUCCGGUAUGAAGAAGUUGAAGUACGUAAAAAACUAGAGGAGAGGGAGAAACAAGAAGAGAAACGACGAAAAGAGGAAAAGCAAGAAAAGGAAGAGGGACGAUCUGUAUCGAAAGGGACAACUGACUCCAGCAAGGACAGUAAGAAGGUGAAAGGAGAACAGAAUGACUCAAAAAUUGUACCAUCUAAAGCUCCUGUGCCAAUGGGAGGGAUCACAGUGGAGAAACUCUUCCGCAUGAUGAUGGACCACAGCCUCAGUGUCAUCGUGAUGGACACGAGGAGCCUCAGGGACUUCGAAGAGUCCCAAAUUCAAGUGCCGGCACAGAACUACAUCAGUGUCCCAGAGGAGGCCAUCUCCCCAGGGAUAACUGUAAACCAGAUCGAGGUGAAGCUUCCAGAGGCCUCAAAAGAGUUGUGGAAGCGGAGAGGUUUUGUGGAUUAUGUGGUUCUGCUUGACUGGUUCAGCUCUGCAGCAGACCUCAAGCUGGGGACCACACUGCAGAGUUUGAAAGAUGCCCUUUACAAGUGGGACAGCACCACUAUCCUCCGCAGCGAGCCCAUGGUGUUGGAGGGAGGCUACGAGAACUGGCUGUUCUUCUACCCCAUGUACACCACCAAUGCUAAAGUCAAGCCUCCAAGACAGCAGGCCUCCAGUGCCAUCCCUCAACUGAACUUCAGCUACCCCUCUCUGGAGGAGCCCAAGCCCCCAGCGGCCCCCGAGCCCCAGCAGCCGGCGCAGGUGAACGGGAGAGCGGCGGACGAGGCCCCCCCACUGGAGCCAGCAGCACCAGAGCCCUCAACCGUGGCUCCUGCUGUCCCCGAUGGACCUGUCCCUGCAGUGACCGAGAUGACCAAGAAAGUUCCCACGUCACAGACUGGCGUAACGGUUAAACCGACCCCUCAGAUUGAUCGGAGUAAAAAGCCCUCUGUCAGAGUCUCGGAUGGCUCAAGACCCAACAACGAACCCCCGACUAAGGACUUUCCGCUGCCUCAGAAUGGCCCGUUCAUGCCGGACCGCUCCGUAAAGCCGGCUUUCGAGUCCGGCGGCCAGCUGUCGGAGGAGGAGCGCAUCCAGAUCCACGCCGAGGCGGCCGGUGUGAAGGACAAGGCCCGCUGGGAGCUCGAGCAGCGCAGGAGAGCCCAGGAGGAGGAAGAGGCAGCGGCACGCGAGGAGGAGGAGCGGCGGAGGAGGAGGCAGGAGCGGGAGGAAGGGGAGAGGAAGAGGCCCGAGGAAGACGAGGAGGAUGAGGACAAGGGCCGACAGGAGCGCGGCCGGCUGGAGCGGCAGAAAGCCGAAGAGGACGAUCAGGUGGGACAGGAGAGGUUCAGACGAGGCCAGAAGGGAGAAGCGCAGCCGAAGAGCAUCUCGCUGGACUCACCCAUGCCCAACAACGUGGUCAGUGAGAUCAAGCGGGAGCCCCUAACCAGAGCACGCAGUGAGGAGAUGGGACGGACUGUUCCAGGCCUGCCAGUUGGGUGGAUGAAGUUUCUGGACACAGUGACCGGUACGUACCGGUACUACCACUCCCCGACCAACCGGGUGCACCUGUACCCCCCGGAGGUGAGCGUGCCCCAGACCCCCCCGACCACGCCGAAGCAGCAGAAGCUGGUGAAGCCCCCAGAGGCGGAGCCCCCCGAGCAGUCCAAGCUCAAGCGCUCCUACUCGUCCCCCGACAUCACCCAGGACCUGCGCGACGAAGGCCAGAAGAAGCCCACCCCAACGCCCACCAUCAACAGAGAGACCAAGCCCAUAACUGCAAGCACAUAUGCGAAGGUUGAGAUCUCCAGACCGUCUGCAGCCAAGAUCCGUAGUCUGAACCCCACAUUCGGAGGCCUGGGAGCGUCCCUGACCGGCCUGAGGAACCUGGGGAACACCUGCUACAUGAACUCCAUCCUGCAGUGCCUGUGCAACACACCCGUCAUGGCCGACUACUUCAACAAGAACCGCUAUCAGGAGGACAUUAACCGAGCCAACAUCCUGGGUCACAAAGGAGAGGUAGCGGAGGAGUUUGGCGUGAUCAUGAAGGCUCUCUGGUCUGGCCAGUACAAGUGCAUCACUCCACGCGACUUCAAGGUCACCAUCGGCAAGAUCAACGAGCAGUUCUCUGGCUACGAGCAGCAGGACUCCCAGGAGCUGUUGCUCUUCCUCAUGGAUGGUCUCCACGAGGACCUCAACAGAGCAGACAACCGCAAGCGCUACAAGGAGGAGGCCAACGACCACCUGGACGACGUCAAGGCAGCCGAGCUGGCCUGGGGCAAGCACAAGCUUCUCAACUCCUCCAUCAUCGUGUCGCUCUUCCAGGGCCAGUUCAAGUCCACCGUCCAGUGCCUGACCUGCCACCGCAAGUCCCGCACCUUUGAGGCCUUCAUGUACCUCUCCCUGCCCCUGGCCUCCUCCAACAAGUGCUCUCUGCAGGAAUGCCUGAAGCUGUUCUCCAAGGAGGAGAGGCUGACGGACGCAAACAAAGUGUUCUGCAGACACUGUAAAGCCCACAGAGAUUCUACUAAGAAGUUGGAGAUCUGGAAGGUUCCGCCCAUCCUCUUGGUGCACUUGAAAAGGUUCUCAUAUGAGGGCAGAUGGAAGCAGAAGCUGCAGACCACAGUGGACUUUCCCCUCGAGAAUCUGGACCUUGCGCAGUACGUCAUCGGCCCCAAGCCCAGCCUGAAGGGAUACAACUUGUUUGGCGUCUCUAACCACUAUGGUGGGCUGGACGGCGGCCACUACACGGCCUACUGCAGGAACAACCCCAAACAACGCUGGUUCAAGUUCGACGACCACGAGGUGUCCGAGAUCUCCACCUCCACCAUCAGGUCCUCGGCCGGCUACAUCCUCUUCUACUCCUCCCUGUGAGCGGUGGUGGGCUGAAGGAGGAGAGCUCCGGCACGUGGGCGCAGAACGGAGGAACGGACAGGUGAUUUUAAUGCAUGUUGGCAGCAGCGCUCCUGGUGAGGAGUGGCGGGCGUCUCGGCCAGAGGCGCCGCCCUGGUGGCCGCUGGGGGUGUGGGGCCGGCCUGGAGGAGACUGGAGGGACGGCGGGCAGGUGGAGGUGCCUCAACGACCUCUCCCCUGCGUCGCAGCUCAUAGAGGAUCUCAUACGUAGACAUUGAGCAUUCAUCUCUUUAACUUCUAACGGUAAUGGGACUGGGAGGUGGUGGAGGAGAGAGACGGAGAGGAGCGCAGCGCGUCUUUAGAGCAGUCCUCAUAGCGCUUAGUCUGCCUGCGCAAGCUAAAGCUAACCGUGUUGUGCGGGGCUUCGACUGCUCAUGAAACAUACAGCGCUCUAACUUGAUUCUGUUUCAGUAUGUGAUGGCCUUCUUUUGCAUUUGCUUACCCUAUUCUGUGAAUAUACCACCACUGCGAUUUUAAAAACAGUAGAAUUACCUGUGUACAUACUGGUUGCAAACCUUGCACAUUUAACAUGUACAUAUAACCAAGAAGUGUUUAUUUAUUUAUGAAGUGACCAAAUCUGUUAGAGAAGAUGCAGCCUCUCAAAGCCUAGCUGUUUGCUGUUGGCUUUUAAAGCCAAGGCAGAACUCUGUCCCAUCACACGUCGUCAUAAGGGCAGUCUCACAGAGGCAUUAGAAUCCAUCACAAAUUUGAGGACUUUUUUUUUUUUUUUUUAUCUGAGCCACUGCAUUUGAUUUGUUGUACCAUUCCAUGACGCAUCCUUUUUUAAAAAUACGGCCACCGUAUUAGGUUGUUUAGAUUCUUUCUUUCUUGAACCUGUAAUGUGAAACACAAUAAUAUAAGAAUAAUAUUGUAACAAAACUGAUUUCGCUUACCUAGAGGAAGAUUAAAGUGCAUACACAGCUGCUGCUCAGUGGCCAUCAUAGAGGGGCUUCUCUUGUGCUGCCAGCUGAGGCCGUGCCACACUCCUGCCCUGAGGACACAUGACACCAGGAGUAACUCGGAGCGCACUGAGAAGGUCAUGGCCCCAGAGCCAUCUGGGUACACCAUGUCCAUUUCAGAGCACUGUAACACCCAGGGGAACUCGGCCAGAGUUUGCAACUGUGUGUUACAGUCAUGAGCAAACCCACAGCACCCACACCCUUUUCCUAAGCGUCUAAAUCUGGAGCGUUCACUUAAAAAAUCAGAUGGUUUGCGUCAUCACAUUUGGACAAAGGAACGGUUGCUUUUUUUGUGCUUUAGUAAAUGCAGUUAAGUAAUAACUGCCAUGUUGUUAAACUUGUAUAAAACUUUUGCAUAUAAAACAGUAAGCAUAGGAAGCAAAUUCAUCUUGUUCUAACUUGACAGUAAACACAUUGAAACACAAAUAUUGGUUUCACUAAUUAGAGAGGAGAGAUUUCAUUUUGUGGAAGUACUACAAUGCUUUGUUUUCAUAUGGCACAGACCAUGCUCCCUGUGUUUGAAAGCGGCUGUAUUUCACAGGAGCUCUAACCUCAGUCAGAGGCAGGCAUCAAACCAACUGCCAACUGAAGAACCAACACUCUAGAAUGAGCCUGGUUUGUAGAAGCGUGUGCACUGCUUGUGUUCAUGUGGUGUGCUGGGUCCCCUAGUCCAGCUGGGCUCCAGCAGGUCAAGUGUUCCCACACAGAUGACCCUUCGGGACACAGGGAAUUCAGAUGGACUGCAGAGCUCCCUAUCAUUCAGCCUUAAACACUCUCAGCUCCAUAGUUUCAGUAGGUUAACCCAGCGACAGUGGACACGUCCUGAGAUGAAGGUUAGCGCUCUGUGGAGCCAGAAGUCUCGCUCAGUGGCCAGUUCGGUGAGCAGGAAGACAAAUUCUCUAAAUAGAAUCCGUUUGGUCAUUGGUGAAAGUUGAAGUAAAAUUAUAUGAAUCCCACAUAACUUUUAGCAUGAAGUCUGGCAUGGAAUCAAAUUUAUGUUUUAUGUAUGGAUUUCAUUUUAUUUCUCGAAUAAUCUGGUUGACUUUUUUCCAUAACCGUUGACAUAUAUUAACCUCAAACAUUUAAUAUUAUGUAUCUACUAAUCAAAUUGUUUAAAUAAAGGAGGUGAAACACUAA